AUGUCUGGUGCGUUCAAAGUUCACAAUAAGCAAUUUAUUUUACAGACAAAUAGAAGAUUAAAUAUCUUGAUCGGUAAUCUCUAAUAAAGAUUAAAAUAAUACAAUUAAGGCAGUAUAGUGUACUACUCCACCAUGAAAACAACAAAAUAAUAAUCCUACCACCCAAUUAGAAAUAUUGGCCGUCAACUUCGCCGGAAUAUCCUCCCACAAAACUUGUUUAUUACCAAAACAUUCACUCCUAUUAUUUCUUGUCAAACUUAUUUCCUUUUUCAUUUUUUUAAACAUUGAAAUAAUUUGUAGACACCCCAUUUUCAACUUCAGACAGAAAACCAACAUAUCACCAUUACUCCAUCACACUCCAUCUCUCUCCAACUUUCCAAAAAUUAUUUUGUUUUGUUUUCAUCAUUUUUAUUCAAUAUUUGAUUUGUAGUUGAAGUUUGAUAACAAUGGACUCUCCGCGGCGAAGCGGGGCUGAAGACGGCGGCAACGGCGAAGAGAGAGUGGUUGAGACGGCGGAGAAAAUUAUAUUGCGAUGGGAUUCUACCGUGUCUGAAGAAGCUAGAGAUAAGAUGAUAUUCUCCGGCGACCGCCACGAAGUUGACCGGUACCUCCGUGCAGUAGAUGAGAUCCAACGCUCACUUCAUUCACUUGCUAUUGCAUCUCCGUCUUCCGGAAACAGUGACCGAAAUCCUAACACUAUCCAAAUCGCUAUGGCGCGGUUGGAGGAUGAGUUUCGGAAUAUACUGAUUUCUCACUCUUCUGCUGUGGACUCUGAAACUUUACUGGUUGACACACCUCGGUCUAACUCCUCUUCUUCCCGUGACCAAUUCGAUCACUUUUCCGCCGCCACUGCUGCCGCCGAAGGUGAGGUGGAUGAAGAGGUGGAAGGAGAGAUUUUGAGGUUAGAUAGUGGUGGCGGCAGCAGCCACGGUAGAAGAGGGUCCACAUCCUCGAGAAGGAGUAUGAGAUCGUCAACCAGUAUCCGAGAGGUUGAUCUGAUACCUUCGGAUGCGAUCGCCGAUCUCCGGAGUAUAGCCGAACGGAUGAUCGCCGCCGGUUAUCUCCGGGAGUGUAUCCAGGUGUAUGGAAGUGUUAGAAAAUCCAGUGUUGAUGCGAGCUUCCGAAACCUCGGAAUCGAGAAGCUCAGCAUCGGCGACAUCCAACGCCUGGAGUGGGACGCCCUGGAGAAUAAGAUCCGGCGUUGGAUUAAAGCUGCUAAAGUUUGUAUUCGCACUCUUUUUGCUUCUGAGAAGCGCCUUAGUGAGCAGAUCUUUGAGGGUUUGAGUUCAGCUACUGCUACUUGUUCAUCAUCAUCACCACCUUCUUCAGCAGCUUCGUCUUCGUAUUCCGAAGCUUGUUUUCUGGAAACUGUAAAAGGUCCUGCAAUGCAAUUGUUCAACUUCGCGGAGGCGAUUAGUAUAAGCAGGAGAUCACCGGAGAAGCUGUUUAAAAUCCUUGAUUUACAUGAUGCAUUGGCUGAACUUCUUCCUGAUAUUGAUGUCGUCUUUGAGUCUAAGACGGCGGAAUCAAUUAGGGUUCAGGCAGCUGAGAUCCUCUCCAGGUUGGCGGAGGCGGCAAGGGGGAUUUUAUCGGAGUUUGAGAAUGCCGUUCUUCGGGAACCUUCCAGGGUUCCGGUUCCGGGUGGGACAAUUCAUCCAUUAACUAGGUAUGUGAUGAAUUACAUUAGCUUGAUAUCUGAUUAUAAGCAAACUUUGAUUGAGUUGAUUGUAUCAAGACCUUCCUCGAGUGUAUCGAGGUAUCCCGGAGAAUUAUCCGUGCCUGAAUUCGAUUUUUCCGAGUUAGAGGAAGAGAGAACUACUUUAGCCUUGCAUUUGAUAUGGAUAAUUGUUAUUUUGGAAUUUAAUUUAGAAGGGAAAUCACAACAUUAUAGAGAUACAUCCUUGGCUCAUUUGUUUAUGAUGAAUAAUGUUCAUUAUAUUGUGCAAAAGAUUAAAGGAUCACCUGAAUUGAGGGAGUUGAUUGGGGAUGAAUACUUGAAGAAGUUAACUGGUAAAUUUAGGCUUGCUGCUACUAGUUAUCAAAGGGCUACUUGGGUCAAAGUGUUGCAUUGUUUGAGAGAUGAAGGUUUACAUGUGAGUGGGAGCUUCUCUUCCGGGGUGUCCAAGAGUGUGUUGAGAGACCGGUUUAAGUCAUUUAAUGCAAUAUUUGAAGAGGUUCAUCGGACUCAAGCCACGUGGUUGGUGCCCGAUACACAGCUCCGAGAGGAGCUUAGGAUAUCGAUAGCGGAGAAGGUGCUCCCCGCUUAUCGAUCUUUUCUUGGUCGGUUUAGGAGCCAUAUUGAGAGUGGCAGGCAUCCGGAGCAGUACAUCAGAUUUUCAUGGGAAGAUUUAGAUUCAGCUGUGUUGGAUUUGUUUGAGGGUAACCCAGUUACACAACAUUUAAGAAAAAGGUCACAGGGAUAAUAAUCAUUGUUCAACUAUGACAAUAGAAAGACUAGGAACUCAUUCUUUAAAUUUUUUUGAGGAGGCCUUUUGGGUGAUGGCAUUCCUUAAUCUUGGGUCGAUUCCUGAAGACUCUUUUCCCCUGAAGCAGCGUCUGUUGAUUCAUCAAGGAUCGUAGUAGGAAAAGAUCAAAGAUUCUUCUCUCCAGGAUGCCAGAGUCUGAAUGCUUCUAUCCUGCUCAGUGAGUUUAUCAACCUGUGCUGAUUGCCGAGCUACGGGGACUGGGGUUUUAUCCAUCUUUUUGACUGGUGUUUUUCAUCCCUUCCAGAUGACUUACCUGGUUGUAUAUUCUACAUUGAAAUCCUCUUCGAGUUCUCAGCAGUUGGAAAAUAAACAUGCUUAUGGCACUUCUACAGGUGCUAUUAACAUCUUUUCGAAACGUCUUGGACUGAAAUCUGAAAUGGUGUUUGUAUAUGGUUUCAUGUUAACUUCAGAACAGUCUAUACUCUAUACUCUAUACUCUAUACAUUACACACCUGAAUAUAUAAAUUCUUUUCUGUCUGUUUUUAUUUGUAAUUUGUAAACAGGUUUGAUUGCAUUCUAUCUUGCAGAGUUGUAUUUUCAUUUUUUAUAGAUUUCAUUA